UUCACUUCUGGUAAUAAUCACACGAUAUAAUAUAAUCAUCUUUUGAGACUAAGUAACAAACGAAGUGAUAUAACUUAACAAGUUCAACAAAAAAAUGUAAAAUCAUUUCCUGUUUCUCAUCUUUGUUGGAAGAGCUGCUAGGUUUACAAUUGUCCUGUACUAUAAGUUUAAUCUGGAAAUACCUUUUCCUCUUUAUGGUGUUUUCUCUUGCUUGCCGAUUCUAGCUUCCUAGUUUCUCCUUUCUCAAGUCUUCUUAUAUUCUCCCUACAUGUCUUCUCUCUCCCAUCCCAAGAAAUCUUUGAUUCUAUGAUUCUCUUUUGCCUCCGUCUUUAUAUAUAUUAUAUAUCUAUACCUGAGAGGGAACUUCUUCGCAAGCAUUUCUAUCUUUCCUCUACCAAAUCCCAAGACUACCUGAGAAGCCUCUCUCUCUCUCUCUCCCUCUUUCUUGCUCAAAAGCUUCACUAGACGGGAUUGAAAAGAAAAAUGACUCACCGUAUAGCUCCCCGAUGUUUCUCGAUCAUGCUUUUAUGUCUUCUCAUCACUUCACCUGUAGAUGUUAUAGCUCAGGGAGGACAAGGUGAUAUACCAGUUGUUAAUCCUACAUCUCCCGGUGGCACCACCACCACACCAACCAUAACCCAACCAUCACCGCCUUCAACAUUCCCUGGUCCAGUCACGAACCCGAAUCCACCAACCGGUGGUUAUCCCCCACUCGAUGGUACCACACCAACUGGUGGUGGUUACCCACCGCUUGAUGGCACCACACCAACCGGAGGUUACCCCCCACUUGACGGUACCACACCAACCGGAGGUUAUCCACCACUUUAUGGCACCACACCUACAGGUGGUGGUGGUGCACCUGGUGGAGGUGGAGGUGGUGACACUGGUGCAGGUGGUGGUGGUGGUGCACCUGGUGGAGGUGGUGGUGGUGACACUGGUGCAGGUGGUGGUGGUGGGGGCGGCCAGUGGUGUAUAGCGAAAGCAAAUGCUUCACCAACGUCAUUACAGGUGGCUUUGGAUUACGCUUGUGGGUAUGGAGGAGCUGACUGUGGCCAGAUCCAACAAGGUGCAAGCUGUUACGAGCCAAACACUAUCCGUGAUCAUGCUUCCUUUGCUUUCAAUAGUUAUUACCAGAAGCAUCCUGGUUCAGACAGCUGCAACUUUGGAGGCGCAGCACAACUUACCAGCACAGAUCCAAGUAAAGGAAGCUGUCGCUUCUCAGCAUCAUCAGGAACAGUCAGCACAAGCCCGCCGAGUCAACCGAGUCCACCAGAUUUUAAUUCCCCACCUAAUACAUUCCCACCCCCAAUAACAACUCCAACUACAGGCAUACCUGGUUCUGGACCACCCUUCGGCGUGGCAGAGCCCACAGGGCUUCCGAGUUCAGCAACUCAUGUGUCGCAUAGCUUCCUCUCAAUACUUACAGCAGUUUGGAUACUAGUACCACUGCUCAGGGAAAAUUAUCUUUAAAACGGACAAGGGUUUCUUCAGGGUUUCAAUCUUUCUCUGCAAAUUAUGAGGAUGUUAAUCAGCCGUGAUCAGCAAGAAGAUUUUUAAUCCAAGACCUUACUCUCAUAAUCUGUUCUAUUGCUAUAUAUAUAGUUCAUCACGGAAAGUUUAUUUAUUUAGUAGGAGAUAUUACAAAAUCAAAGGGCUUAGAUAUAUACAUUCUUGUAGACACACAUUAAGCAUAAUGUAUCUCUCCACAGUUUUAGAAAAUAAAAUACUACUUAGGGAACGGUUAAAGCAAUGCCAGGCUUGAUUAAUUGUGGAAUAGCAAAGGGAACCAUAUACAAAAAAAAUAAAAUGAAAGCUACUUCAAG